AAUAGAGCUAAAGAUGACAAACAGCCUGCCAUACACCCUCCGGACGCUCUUUGGAUUAUUUAGAAAUCUUCCCAUUCGCCUUUUAAUAAUAAUAUGACUUUGGCUGCCAGUUCCAAUAAAAUUAAAAGAUGCUGAAGCGAGAGAGAUCUCCUGACCAGAGGGUCAUUCAUCCUCAGUCCAAGCAAUGCAUGAGGAAUGGUGAAAGUCACAUUUCAGAGCCUGCCUUUGAUGGGAGUUACGGGUCUAGCAAUGUGAUGAAACGGAUGGUCAGUUAUAAGAAUGAACAAGAAUCUGUUAGUAAUGGAUGUGAAUGCCACGUGCAUGGCUGUAGCCAGUCUUUCGCAAGCGUAGAGGAUUACGAAGACCACUAUAACGUUUGUCACCGCUUCAUAUGUCGUUACUGUCAGCGCUUCUAUCAGACGAACCAUCUCCUGGAAAUCCACCUCGCGGAGAGCCACGACAGCUUUUUCUCACUGCUUUCACAACAGCAACCAAUGUACCGCUGCCUUGAGGAAAGAUGCAAUGAUCGGUUCAUGGAUGCAAGGGGCAGGCUAGGUCAUCUGACCAGUUGCCAUGGAUACCCAGCAAACUUCUCUUUUGAUAGGAGGCAACACUUAAGACUGGUUGAUGUGUCUGGAGGCCUUGAAGAAAGCAGAGAUGUAGAGUCGGGCGCUCAGAAGAAGAACAGAAUUUGCCUUCCACCUCAAACUCGGGUACCAGAUGUCAUAAGCUUUGGUAUAGGAGGUUCAGAACUUUUUCAGAGUCAAGGAAGUUGAAUUCUACCUUUUACGUCAAGUGCAGUUCAAGAGGUUAAAUGGAGAUUAGCUGGACGAUCGGAACAAGAAACUUCAGAUGAAAAGAAAUUUUGUGCUGAUGGAAGAGGAUGGAUUCCUACACUCAAGCUACAGCGAUCGGUAAAAGCAGGCAGCUGUAACCCAUUUCCUACUGGAAGCAGAUGGUCCCUGUACAAAUCCUAUGGGAAUGACAGAAUUAAGUAUUUCACAGGUUAACUCAUUAUCUACUGGAACAAGGUUGUCUUGGUCCAAAGCUUACAGCACGUAGAGAUAUCAGUAGUUGAUAGGUUAACCCAUUGCUUACUGGAACCAGGUGGUUCCUGCUUGAAGCCUAUGGAAUUAUGGAAUUCAGUAUUCAACAGGUUAUACAAUAUCAUCAAGCCUAUAAUGUUAAAGCAACGUACUGAAUCACUUGGUGGUUGCAUGGUUUAAGAGCUACACAAUUGCUAGGAUAGGCCUAAGAAUAAGACUCAAUCCAUUGAUGCAUUAAAAAAUAAAUACCAGAAGUCAUAUAUAAUGAUCUCAAAAUCAGUUUGAAAUUACCACCAAAGUUUUUGUAUGUAUUAAUAAAAAAAUAUUGCCAAAUAUCUCUGGAAGAAAAUUCGUAAGUGCGGAGUGAAUUGUAAAUUAUAGUGCUUUGUGUUGGUUGCGCUGGUUGCGGCCUAGCGCUCGAUCGUUUGCCGGCCUGCCUGGGCCAGCUACACGUACCGGUAGAUGCCGACCGUGCAUUGCUGCAGCAACUAUGCACUUGACGAAAAAUAACAUGCAUCUUUGCAAACAAUGUGGACCAAACAAAAAAAGUUUGAGAUGAACACUUCACGGGUAAAGGAGUGAGUAAAAGUCGAGAAUGACUCGGUAACAACAAACAUUAAACAUGCACUAUCUUUACAUAGGCAUCUGAACGCCAUCAUUGGGCAACACAAACCAAAACAAAUGUUUGACUUUCUAUUGUAGAGGGAGGUACGAAAGAUUUCAAAAACAAACCGCCGAGCCGAAGACAGAAACUCUACCGGGAUACUUAAAUGAAAUUGGUUAAUUUCACCAUCAGAACACAAUUUCUGUCCAUUUACUUCAUGUCAUAUUAUUUUUUAGGGCAAACACAAUCAUGUAAUGCAUAAAAGAAGUGAAAUGAUGACAAAUGCAUUUUUUGAGAAUCUCCAAAACUAUCCAGCUUCUUUAAGACCUACAAACCUUCUCAUCUAUCAUUGGCUUUUAAAAGGCCAAAGGAGUGCCUUCUCCACCAGCAGUCAACAUGGACACUCUUCUCUUUAUUUUUCAUGAUUUUCGUGGCUGUGUUCCAAACCAUCAAGCUUGGUCCAGUAGCGACAUUGUUCUCACCCGCAACAGAAGCCAAGUUGGGUCUGGUAAUUCUGACUGCGUUUAGGUUCCUACGUUUGAACAUACAUCGAAGUUCCUCCUCAACCCCUACGAAAAGUGGAUUUAAAUAGGCAGAGGAAAAUCCAACAAGCAUAACACUGAAAAUUUCAUCAAAAUAGGAUGUAAAGUAAGGAAGUUAUGCCAUUAUUAAGUUUUGUUUGAUUUCACUAAACAGUUUUAUGCUUAUCCUGCUUGGUAUGUAAAUAAGGAGAUUGUCAUCCACUCAAUAUUUCUUUUGUAUUAUAUUUUAAAAUAUGCUCAUUUUCUCCUCAUCGUCAAGUGAAACAACGAUUAAUGCCUCCCUGAACAUAAGGAUAUGAUUGAGUCAAGUUUGUCCUUGCAAAAAAUGAAAUAUUGUAUAAUUCAAACAAAAAACAAAAAAAUAGUAAGGGACAUCAUCGACCGUCCCAUUUGUAUGUCACUGAGUUGUGCAUAUCACUGUUUAUUGAAAAAUAAUUAAACCCGAUUGUGACUUUCAAUGAUGGUGAAAUCCUUUUGUCUUGGAUGAAUCUCUCACUUGCCCUCUUGAUGGCAGAUACAUGUAUGUCUCCCAUGUGUCCACCUUUUCCUAUUCAUUCAGCGCAACACCUGUACACUCAUCAAAGUUCAAUAUUAAAUGUUAACCAUAGGAAAGUUCAAUUACACUAGCCAUAUUGUCUUUCACAGACUCACUUCUAGAAUCCAAACGUUUGAUUUCUUUUGGCUAUGCUUCUCUUUGCCAAUGCUCUUGCAGCGUUGUGACUCCUUAUUGACCAUACAUCUGUCUUGUAUUUUUCCAUUUUUAACAGAAGUGCAUUUGCCUCCCUUCUGCUGCUCCUGCUCACAUGUUUUGUCAGAAAUUGAUAGAAGUUGCUCUUUUGCACUGAUCAACUCUGAGAGUUGAGUCUCUGAACUUUCUGUUUGAACCUCAAAGAAACUUAUUCAAUU